AUGUCAGCCCACGGUGGUUUGCCGACAUAUUACGAUUGGUCAAAAGAAACGAACAUACAAUUGCUUGAAUGUUAUAGCAGGCAACUUUGUAAUACACAAGCAGAAUUUGAAAGGGUACUGUUUUGCCUUAUUAAAGGCUGGGAUGAAUUAGAACCUAAGAGAAAAAUGUGCUAUGAAACUGUAGGACUGACUGACUAUUGGAAGGAACCAUGUUUUAUUAAUCGACGCGAGGAUGGAAAAGGCGUGAGAAAAAAUUCUUAAAAAUUUUAAUAAUUAUUUUAGUGGAACAAGGGUGUAGAGAUUCGAUCAGGGGGUGUCCACAUCAUAAAGAAUCAGAAUUUUGUAAAUAUUGCACAACAAGAAAUUGUAAUAACGAAAAAAUAAUAUCUAAAUAUUGUUGGACAAAUAAUGGAAAAAUUAA